CAUUUCCUCAGGGCCAUACAUAAUCCUUUGGGAGCCCCACUAGGAGAAAAUUAACAAAAAUAGAGGCUAGAAAGAGGCAAAAAGAAAAAGCAAGUAAUUAGUGUUAAAUCGUGUGAGUUUGUUCAUCUACUGCUAUGAGCAGGGUAGUGAUUCUCUCCGUACUCCUGCUGUCUGUCAGCUGGUGCAGAUGUGCUGUCAUUACAGGGGCAUGUGACAGGGAUGUGCAGUGUGGUGUGGGUCUUUGCUGUGCAGUGAGUCUGUGGCUCAGAGGACUGCGUAUGUGCACACCACAGGGACUGGAGGGAGAUGAAUGCCACCCAUACAGCCACAAGGUUCCUUUUCCUGGCAAGAGACAACACCACACUUGCCCCUGCCUGCCAUACCUGGUGUGUAGCAGGUACAAUGACAACAGAUAUCGCUGCACCAGUGACUUUAAAAACAUAGACUUUUAACACUGAAAAUGAGAGCGAAAACAAGAACAAUGGAGAAGAGGAAUACUUCAAAGAAAGACUGGAUAGCACAAGAAGAAUACAUAAGUGCCAUAGCAUCUUUCUCAUCAUUUUCAUUUUUCACUAUCAUGAGCUUUGCACUACAAAUGCUGUUAUCCAGCUUCCCCAGAAAUGCAAACAUAUUACGGCCAUGCCACAAGGUCUACUUCAGAAUCGUUGGUUCACUUUGGCAUCCACUGCACUUUUAUUUAAUAGUAAAAACAUACGUUAGUUUCAUAGUCUAACCUGACCUCAUGCAAUCAUACAAGAAUACG